AUGACCCCCCAAGAGAAGCUGGAGUGUCCCAUGCUGCGCUGCCGUAAGCGAUUUGCCAACCACGAGCUCAUGCUUCAGCACCUAUACUCGUGUAGCUGGCUCUCCACGAGUGAGUAUUGGUGUUACGAAUGCGGGAAAUCCGAACGAUUCAACGAUUCCAAGUGCAAGCGAUGCCUGGGUCACCCAUCGCGAAGAAAGAGGAUACUGUUCAUGGCAAAGAGCUUCUUCAACUCCCUCGGUCACAAACCUAAGAGCUCAGCCCUGGAGGAUCUUGACCUCGACAGUGACAUCGGUGAAUCUGAGGCACCACCCAGUUACGAUCUCGCAGUGGCACCAGGUGAGCUCGAGCUACCUACGAAUGAGAUCCAUGAGAUUGGCUCCAGCGGUAUAGUUUUACAGCCCAUAUUGGAGAAUGAGAACGAGGCAGAGAUAAGCCCAGCCCCCAUGCUCACACCUUACACCUCAUCGCUGCCUACGCAGAACCAGGCACAGACUCUGCCUGCUCACCGCGCCGAGCUCGAAUCAGAUGCAACCCUCAGCGACCCCCUCGAUUUCAUGCUGCCGCCAGGCACUGUCGUCCCUGUAAACCUCAUCGACCCUGGCUGCAACAUAAAUUCCGUACGGCCCACCCUUCAGCUUCAUACAGAAGGCCUAGAAGAGUACCGCAGGGAACAAAAGAGACGCAGUAAGGGCCAGGUCGCACCUAGCACCUCGGUUCGCUCGACAGCCAGUACAAACUCCACGUCGAGCACAAAUACGGCGGACACUACUUUCAGCAGAGAAAGCUACAGUAUCUCCCCCAUCUCGUCCUUCUCUGAUCAAUGGGCAAGUGCACCAGCCUUCGACUCAGACUUCACCUCCACUGAGAAUGGCUUUGGAAGCCCAGGAGGCCUCCUCAGGACGAACUCGUUCGCCAUAUCUCACAAGGCACCCGCAGCCAAGGGCUGGAACUCUCUCGAAAACGAGGCAGGCAUGUCCUAUGACUCCCAACCGACUGAACUCCCCACAAACAUCCACAUGCUCGGUGCCUUGCCUGCCACUAAGUCUGAUACUGCGAAUCUUAACCAGCCCGUUUUCACAUUGAAUGACUCCUUCCUUUCCUCUACUUUCGACCUUGAUGCCAACAUUGCCCUCAUUGACAAUAAUGUCACGAUGCCACCGUCCCUCCAUCCCAUACCACCUCAACCGAAGGCCGAGUCCUAUCAUAACCCUCGGUCCCUGAUUGGCACGGCAUGGAGUACUCUCCAGAUGCACGUCGCUGACUCUCUGGCCAAGCUUCAGCAUAUCACCAAGAACCACCUAGUCAUACAGCUCAGAAGUCUUACGGCUCCAGUGAUAGCUACAAAGGGUCUCGAAACUCUCAUGGAUAUCAUCGAAGGUCGUCAGCCGACUGUUCCCAUCAAUGUCCUCUGUUUUGUUCACUUGGUCUACUGUUUCUCACUUAUUGUUCACGAGCAAGACGCUGCAAACAGAUCUUCGGAUCUUUUCGUUCAAGCGAUGUCGUACAGCGCCUUGUUUUCACGUCAAGAUCGCCAGCUGUAUAUACAGAUUGUCGAAACUCUGUGGAAGCCAGCUGAUAUGAGCAACGCUGACCUUGUGAACCUGGUUCGAGCCAAGACAUCACUAAUGUCACACUCGCCUGGCUCGAAGGGGAAAGGAAUUGAGUCCAGAAACAUGAUGUCCGCCAGUGUCGACUCGCUAGCGUUUUUAGCAAUAUAUUUCCUAGACCAACUGGAAAAUGCUACCAUCCAUGUGGUAGACGACGCGGAAGUUCUAUCGUCUGAUCUCUUUUUGGGCCACUGCAAUAGCCUAGACAGGGCUCCUAUGGAUUCGACACAAACCAUGGCUGCAAAUCUCAUACUCAAGCACAACUUUCAGCUCUAUACUCAUUAUCAAGCCUUUGCAAAUAAUCUGAACAACAUCGCUCGUCGCGCCAAUUCAGAGUCGACGCUUCCACGGCGCUUUGAACUCGAGCUUAUGGAGUGUGGAAAGAUGCACCUACCCCCAGACAUUUACUUCGAUGGCUAUAUCCGCUUUGUUCGAGAACAGAUGGAUUCUAUUUAUUGCACGGCUACAGCAGAAGGCUCUUACCGGGCUGUCUAUUACCGACAAUGCAUUGAGCUUAUCAAAACUGUUAUUGGUGUCCCGCUACAACCGACGGCUGAGCACGCAGUUCAAAACAGUUCAGUGACGCAGGACGGCUUUGAUGAUAUCGAUGAAUUCUUCAAUGCCAUGUCGCCGAACAACUUCAAUUUUAGCCCGAUUGGCCCAUUUGAUGCAGGGCAGCCUUUGGACUUCUCAUGCCUGCCGAACACCAUUGAUCCUGGUACUUUGAACCCGCUACCACUUCCCACGCCUGCGGACACGAAUUCGGUGCAGGCAACUUCAACAGCCGCGAAUUCACCCCCUUCUCCAGCUCCAGCAGCAUCCUCCUCCUCUCCAACAGCAAAAAUCAAGUCGGACAGCAGUUGCAAAUUGUGCGGAUAUACACCUGAAGGUGAUCCUCGAUGGUUCAGCGGCAGUAUGGCCAAGCACAUGAAACUGCAACACUCAACAAAACCUCCAACCAUCUACCGCUGUCCAUAUCCCGGCUGUACAAGUCAGUACAAGAAUAGACCAGACAAUUUGCGCCAACACCAGAUAGAGAAGGGUCACUUUCUAGAGGGACAAGACGUCGUAAAGCGAUCGAGCAAGCGACGCAAGAUUGAGUGA